CCACUUUUUUAAUGAUUUGGGCAUGACUGGAAUCUUUUGCCCCACCCGAAUUUUGGAGGUUAAUGUUUUUACAAUCUAUGUAUGUAAUAUGUCUGCAAACAUUUUUCUAAGAUUAACAUAAAGCAAGAAAUGGCUCAAGCACGAGCAAAGAUAAGAACAAUCUUGAGUAUUGAUGGAGGAGGCGUUAGGGGACUUAUUCCUGCCCAAGCUCUCGAGUUCUUAGAGGCCAAACUUCAGGAAUUAGAUGGACCAGGUGCCAGAUUGGCAGACUAUUUUGAUCUUAUAGCUGGUACUAGCACUGGAGGACUGAUGACUGCCAUGAUAGCUUCUCCAAAUGCCCACAACCGUCCCCUGUUUUCUUCCAAAGAAAUGACGAAUUUCUACAAAAAGUGGCUUCCUGAAAUUUUUCCACAGACGAUUUGGAGUCGUUUUCGAAAAGCCAAGAGUUACAUCCGUGGCUGCAAAUACUCAGGGCAGUGCCUCCACAUGAUCCUUCAUGAAAACAUUCCAACACUACGUCUAAGCGAGACAAUGACCAAUGUGCUGAUACCCACUUUUGAUGUGAAACUGCAUCAGCCAGUCAUUUUCUCCACGUUGCAGGCUAAGGAAAAUGCUCUUAAGGAUCCAUUUCUGAAAGAUGUAUGCAUUGGUACAUCUGCAGCUCCUACUUUUCUUCCACCCCACUACUUUAAAACACAUGAUCAAUCUUCUGGAAGAUCUAGAAGUUUUCACUUGAUAGAUGGAGGGAUCGCUGCCAACAAUCCUACCUUGCUAGCCAUGAAUCAGAUUACUGGAGUUCUUGUCAAGGAGAAUCCAAUAUUCAAAACAAUUAGACCUCAGGAUGAAGGAAAAAUAUUGGUUCUUUCACUUGGAACUGGACAAGAGGAUUCAACAAGUGCAAGCUACGAUGCGAAAGAUGUUGCUAGAUGGGGUUGUUUACAAUGGAUUAAGAACAAGAAUAGAAUUCCAAUAUCGGAUGUCUUCAUAAAUGCUAGUGCAGAUAUGGUGGACAUAUAUAUAGCUAGCGCAUUCCAAUCUCAUAAAUACAAAGAAAAUUAUCUUAGAAUACAGGAAGCAAAUUUAAGUGGAGAUACAACACGUUUAGAUUAUUCUUAUGAAGAAAAUCUUGAGAACCUAGUGAAUAUUGGGAAGAAGUUAUUGGAUCAACCUGUGAGCAGAGUGGAUUUAGAAACUGGCCUAUUUGAAAAAGUUCCAAAAAUGGGUACCAACAAAGAUGCGUUGACAAGAUUUGCCAAAUUGCUAUGGGAGGAGAGGGAAAGUCGACAAUCCUCAUAAUGAGGAAAAAAAAAACUAAUUUGAAUUUAAUAAUUAAUAUUUUUAAUUUCACAAUGUAAUAGACAUUAAGUUUCUUGGUAUAAUGAUUUGUGUAAGUGUUAAAUUUUUUAUAUCAUAUCAUAUAUAGUUUCUUGGAACCACAAAUGAAAUGAACAAUUGGGUUUCAUUAAACAAAUACAAAUAUUCAUCUUAUCUUAUAUGUAUUGAAGAAAGACAAUUUGUGACAACCUUAUUUAUAUAAUUGAAAAUUUUAAACUCUAUUCUUAUAA